AUGGCAGGGAAGGGUCGUAAGAUUGGAAUUCCUGUGGACGGCAGCGAUAACUCCAAGAAGGCCAUCUACUGGUACUUGGACAAUGUGGCGGGCAAAAAUGACUAUGUGGUUUUCAUCCAUGUGCAGGAAAUUCUCGACCUUCCACUUUUUCAUAUCAAAUCUGGACUGAGCAUUCCCUCGGAUCAGUGGAUGAAAGCUAUUAAUGAAAGGAUCCAAUUAGAUGAAAAAAUAAGCACGGAGGUGGUAGGAAUGUGCCGAACAAAAAAAAUCCCCUGCGACUACGUUACAGUGUCGGAUAAACGUCCGGGCGAGGGAAUUAUCUCAAUAGUGAAUGACCUAGAGAUUCAGCUGAUCGUCAUGGGGUCUCGGGGCCUAAGCACCAUUCGACGCACUAUCCUUGGAAGUGUCUCCGAUUACGUUUUGCAUCACUCUCAAGUUCCUAUCUGCAUUGUUCCCCCCGAAUAUACGCCAGCGUCUCCCACUUGUCCCUAG